AUGACCACUUCCCUGGGAACAGGCACGGAAGAUUCACUCUCGUCUGGUUCUCAUGAAGAGGUCCAAAUUCUCAAUCCGGCAAUGCUAAGCACCUCCAGCUUCCCGCAAUUUAGCAAGUUUCCUCCUGAGCUUCGCGAUAAGAUCUGGAUACAAUCCCUAACCCACGAAAGAAUCCUCAAAAUAUAUAGCGAGGAACGCCGCAUCGAACUCAGAGAGCGCAUCGCCAUGAGCAAGCUCUUUGUUACCAACCGCGAAUCUCGUGCCGCCGCCAAAAGAUUCUACCGUGUUCAUAUCCCCUGCACAUAUGUCCAUACGACCAGCACCUACGAUGGGAUCCUUUACUUUAACCCAGAGCUCGACAUUAUACACGUUUCCGGGUGGAGUUAUUUCCCAGAACUCGCACAUCAUAUAUGGAGACUUGAUCCACUCCACGUCGGCAUUGUCAACUUGGCUCUGCAGACCUAUCGGAGCUGUUGCAGGUAUCAUUAUUCCACUAGCUCAUUCAAAACAGACUGUGACUUGGAAAAAAUCAAGGCGGCAAUCCAGCGGUUGAAAAGAUUCAUCUUCGUAGGCGUGUAUGAUUCUGAAACCUGCCAAUACCCCGAAAAUCGGCAAAGACCCGACCGUGGCAUUGCCAGCAGCCCUUUUGUGCCUGUCAAACCACACGUCCCUGUAUUUCAGACUAUGGAGCAGGAUCCCAGGGCCGUGGGCGACUUUCUUGAUGGUGUAGAUCUCGACGAAAUGAUAAGUCUGUCAGAUAUUGUGGCCGAUUGGUUCGAACAUCUUGAAGAAUGGGGAAUUAAUAACGACCCUACACUUCUCUACCAGAUCAUGACAAGCUACCCAGAUUGCGAUCCGGAGAUCAUUGCUAGAGAGAAUGAGCGCUGGGCGCCUGACCUGGGCGAUCAGUCGUCAGGCUUAUCAACUCCAAAUAGCACCCUUUCAAAGUCAGUUCAGGCAGUAUACCACAGAGAGGAUGCAGUCGCCUUUGCUGAGAAUGAAAUGGACGAAAAAAAACGCAUUCUGGAUCAAGUUUUAGAAGAAGACAGCGAGGCGGAUGUUGAGAAGAUAUCCAGAGAGGGUGUGACGCCGGCGUUUGGAUUCUGGCUAUUCCCCCUGGAAGCGCUACCUGCGGUGAGACUUGAUGCCAUAUCAAGGGUGGUGAUCGAGGAUUUCCGCACAGAACUACAGAAACGGUUCAAAAAGCAUACUCCGCAACUAUGUUUGUCUCAUCUUCCGGCCGACAAUCCUAAUGAUCCUCAAUACCCAUGA